AUGCCGCCGUACGAGGUCCCGCCCGACCUUCUCGCGAGGAUAGGUGAGCGCGGGCGCGCCGCGCUGGCGGAGUUCGAGGCGCAGCAGGCGGCCCGGCAGCUCGCCAAGCACGCCCCCUCCCCUGUAUCAACGCCCUCGACCUCGCCCACGCCCUCCAGCACCACCGCUGUCGACAUGCAGCAACGCCGUGUCGAGAGGCGACUCGUCAAGCCGUCCGCCGCCGACGAGGACGACUACUCGCCAGCCGGGCCAUCUUCGUCGAGCAGCACUCGGCACGAGGCGCCGGUCACCCGCAGCCGUGCGUGCGUCAAGCAGCACGUCGAGGCGAGCGAGUCCGACGUCGAGACGAGCGAGGACGAGCCGCCGAAGGCCGAGGACGAGUCGGACGACGACGACGAGGUCACGCCGCACGAGCAGCGCCGGAGCGCAACGCCCUCGCCGCCGAUGCGCAUGCCCCGCGACAUCCGCGAGGUGGUGUCGCGUACGUUGGCGCGUGAGAGGCUCGAGAGCCCCGGUGCGACGGUGUCGGAAAUGCACGUCCUCGAGUCCAAGUGCUGCAUGCCCGCCACGCCCAACGUCAAGCCGCGGUCCGACCUGAGCAAGACCAAGCUUACGUUCGAGUUCGUCCGGGUCGAGUGGCACCACCUCGUCGGCCAGUACGCGACGUUCGGCGCCCUCGCCAAGGCCAUCAACAGGUCGCACAAGGUCACGUCGAGCCCGGCGCCGACGCUCGCGAGCUUCGCCGCCAUGGCCGACGCCGAAAGGGCGCCGGUCUCGAAGGCCAACUCGGACCUCGACGCGAGCCACCUUUGCGGCCAGCCGACCUGCUUCCAGCGCGGGCACGUCGUCCUCGAGUCCAACGCGGUCAACACGAGCCGCGACCGCUGCCACAGCGGCCAGUCCGCCAGCCGCACCUGCCCGCACGAGCCGCCUUGCCUCGAGCUCGUCCGGCCCAAGUCGUCGGCCCGCGCGCCGCAAGCGCAGCGCAUCAGCCCGGGCCCGAGCAAGAGCAAGAGCAAGACGUCGGGCGCCAAGAAGCUCGCAUUCAGCCUCGCGAGCACGAGUCGCUCGAGCGGGAGCUCGUCGGCGACCCGGGUCGAGGUCGGCUCGUCGUCAUCGCGGGCCGAGGCGGGAGCCGCCGGGUCGCAGACGCGCGCGAUCGAGGUCGUCCAGCCGGUGGUCGUCCAGCAGGCCGCCGCCGCCGCCGCCGUCGCGCCCGUCGAGGACGAGAGCGAGGACGAGAGCGAGGACGAGAGCGAGGACGAGUACGAGUACAUUGUCAUCGACGACUCGCAGCCGGCCGAGGCUGCGGCGACGUUCUCGCCGGUCGCCGCAUCGCCGUCGGCCGCCGAGCAGGUCGUUGUCGCCGUCAUCGCGCCGGCCGAGGUCACGCCGGCCGAGGUCGAGGUCGAGGUCGAGGCCGACGAGGAGGUCAUCGACGUCUCGUCGCCCAUGUCGGACGCCGGCGACGCGCCGCCCUCGCCGAUCGUCGAGCAGGUCGCCGAUGCGCCCAAGUCGACGACGUGGACCGUGGCGUACCUCGCCGCGCUCCGCCCCAAGACGGCCCGCCGGCUGGUCGCCUUCGAGAAGGCGCGCGAGAGGCGCAAGGCCGAGCGCGAGCAGCGGAUCCAGGCCGAGCGCGAGCGCAAGCAGCGGAUCAAGGCCGAGCGCGAGCAAUGGCGCAAGAAGAAGGUCGACGCGACGUCGACGACCCGCCGCGCAACGCCCCUCCUCGUGGGCCCACUCGCAGGCCGCGCCCGCAGCGCGCGCACGCCGACGCGCAAGGCGACGCGCGCACCGGGCUCGAGGUCGCGCUCGACGGUCGUGCUGCCAAUGAGCCGGCGGAUCGAGCCCGAGCACAGCGUCGACGAGCUCGAGUGCGGCGACGACGGCGAGGUGUGGGCCGGGAUCGUCGAGGAGCGCGUCAUCGCCCCGCUGCCGGUGCGCGACCCUAACCGCCCGCGCCAGCUCAUGCAGGCGUGCGCGAUCGUGGCGACCAGCAUCGGCUUUGUCGGGUUCGUGGCGAACGCUGCCGCCGUGUUGCUCGGGUGAGGGGGGCGAGGUCGGCGGCAGAGGAAGGGGGAAGGGGAACGGCCAAGGCGACGGCGCAAAAAGUAACGACUCGAGGUGACGAACAUGUAAUCGACGGCG